UCCAAGUAGGAGUGAGGAAGAGGGCUGGGUCGGAAAAAAAAGCUGAGAACGACAUCAAACCUUGCAGAAGAAGCAACAAAAAGACCCAACCUCUUACCUCCAUCAUCAACCCUUUUUUUUUUUAAUUCAACCAGAGGAACACCCAUACAUAUCCUGUCGAGAUGUCGCGCUGGGGGCGUAAGAACGUGAAGAAGGCGCCGGAGGUGAUCCGCACGGUGACCGAGGGUCUGAAGUCGCUGUACCGCAAAAAGCUUCUGCCGCUGGAGCAGUACUACGGCUUCCACGACUUCCACUCGCUCAGCCUGGAGGAUGCUGACUUCGACAACAAGCCCAUGGUCCUGGUUGUGGGCCAGUAUUCCACCGGGAAGACCACCUUCAUCAAAUACCUGCUGGAGCAGGAGAUUCCCGGCAGCCGCGUAGGACCCGAACCCACCACUGACUGCUUCACUGCCAUCAUGCACGGCGAUGUGGAGAACGUCAUUCCCGGCAACGCCCUCAUCGUGGAUCCCAACAAACCCUUCCGGAAGCUCAACCCCUUUGGUAACACCUUCCUCAAUAGGUUCCAAUGCGCCCAGAUGUCCAAUCAGGUGCUAGAGAGCAUCAGCAUUAUUGACACGCCCGGAAUCCUCUCAGGAGCGAAGCAGAGAGUGAGCCGAGGCUACGACUUUCCCGCCGUGCUGCGCUGGUUUGCCGAGCGCGUAGACCGCAUCAUCUUGCUCUUUGACGCCCACAAGCUGGAGAUCUCGGAUGAGUUCUCGGAAGCCAUCGGCGCGCUGAAAGGCAACGAGGACAAGCUGCGAGUGGUCCUCAACAAGGCCGACAUGGUGGGCACCCAGCAGCUCAUGAGGGUCUACGGCGCCCUUAUGUGGUCCCUGGGCAAGGUGUUCGGCACACCUGAGGUUCUGAGGGUCUACAUCGGCUCCUUCUGGUCCGAGCCCCUCAUGGUGUCAGACAACCGCAAGCUGUUUGAGCUGGAGGAGAAGGAUCUGUUUGCCGACAUCCAGAACCUUCCUCGUCACGCGGCUCUACGCAAGCUCAAUGACCUGGUGAAGAGGGCACGCCUGGUCCGGGUGCACGCUCACAUCAUCAGCUACCUGAAGCAAGAGAUGCCGUCAGUGUUCAGGAAGGACAACAAGAAGAAGAACCUCAUCUACCAGUUGCCCGUCAUUUUCUCAAAGAUACAACUGCAGCACAACAUCUCCGCCGGAGACUUCCCCGACUGCGCCAAGAUGCAGGAGCAACUGAUGGUCCACGACUUCACCAAGUUCAAAACCCUGAAGCCCAACCUGAUGGUGGCCCUGGACGAGCUGUUGUCGGUGGACAUCGCCAAGUUGAUGCCGCUUCUGCGCCAGGAGGAGCUGGAGGCCGGCGAGCAGCCCGGCGUGGAGGGAGGCGCUUUCCUGGACACCCGCGCCGGACCCUUUGGCGAAGGUGACCCAUUUACCAAUGAGGACGACGAGGCUGACGAUGGCUGUGAGGACGAGCCAGACAAGUGGGUGGUGACCAAGGACAAGCCCAAGUAUGACGAGAUCUUCUACAACCUGGCGCCCAACGAGGGCAAGCUGAGCGGCACCAAGGUCAAGCACUGGAUGGUCAGCUCUCGUCUGCCCAACUCCGUGCUCGGCCGCAUCUGGAAGCUGUCCGACGUGGACCGCGAUGGCAUGCUGGAUGAGGAGGAGUUUGCCUUGGCCAGCCACCUGAUUGAAGUCAAGCUGGAGGGCCACGGUCUGCCCCCGGAGUUGCCCAGCCGCCUGGUGCCACCCUCCAAGCGCAGGCAGAAGGGCUCUGACGUGUGUAUCGAGUGAUGGAUGCAUGAAUGCAUGGAUGGAUGGAUGGAUGAAUGAACUUAUCAAUAGAUAAACCAAUAGAUGACAUCUAGACGGGUGGAUACAGUAUUCCCCAGCUACUCGUGCGGGACAGGGACAGUUCAGAUAUGUUUCUUCAGAAUAUUUCCUUUAUGCCAAUUACUACCUGUGAGGCAAUUAAUGUUGGCUGAAUGGAUGGAUGUAGAAUGGAUGCAUUUAUCAGUGGAUAGGCCGAUGGAUGACAGAUCGACAUAUGGACGGAUACAGUAAUUUGUGUGGGAUAGGGAGAGUUGAAAUGUCUUUGUACUACUUUCCGCUUAGCUGGGCUAUGGUGCCAACUUGUUGUGUCUUAGGCCGUUAUGGAUACAGAACAAAAAUGGGAUAUCGGAAAAAAAAGCAAUGAGGUAAAUUUGCAAAUAGUCAAUGGGGAUUACUGUAAUGGUCUAUAUUAAUAGUCUAAUCUGUAAAUAUUCCACAAACUGAAAAUGCAAAAUCCUUUAACUCAUUUACUGCCAGCGCCUUAAAAAUUUAUUUUUGACGUCUAUAGCCGUCAAUGGCAGUCAAAGAGCUAAUAUUCUACACUCAUCUUACAAUACUGCCUAUAUAAGUAAAUGAUUUACGGAUGAUUUUAUUUCAAAAAGGCCGAUACGCAAAUAUCUUAAAAACUUGUCAGUACUUCACAGUACUUCCUUGAUACCAAUUACAACUUUCCAUUUAUCUGACCUUUGGCACCAUCUUGUGGCAUCUCAUAAAAAUGUGUCAAAGACAACAAAUUAGGGAGGUUUUGCGAAUAACUAAAGCUAGUUUCAAAACAUCGUGAGUAAGGGAUUUUGCGAAUACUGAAUGAGUAAGGAAUUUUGCAAAUACUGAAUCGCCAUUAUGCAGGUAUUACUGUAAUAGAGGAAGUGAUAGAGAAGUAUAUAUGGACAGAUGGGUAGAGGAAUAGACAGAUGGUGAUGAUAGACAAGAGAUUGAUGAAUGAACAGACUCGUUUGAUGGGCUCUUGUCUCUCAAACCCCCGACAAAUACAUACCGUAAUGUUAAUUUGAAUUUUGUACAGCCAGCGCCGCGUCCCAUAACAAGAUGGGGGCACUACUAGCUUUAAAUAACUCACUGGUCACAACGUUAGGUACACCUGCACACUUCCAGAACUAGAGCUGCAUUCAAAGUUUUAUUUUUGUAAAUGUUUUGCUGCUGGGAAACCAGAAAUAUAUGCAUACUGCACUUCACUUGGAGCUGGAUAACAAACCUAUCGUGAUACUGUACUUGCAAAGAACUGAGUUUGUUCAUGUUUUGCUGCAUUCAAGAUCUCUGGGAUUUUAGAAAUCUCCUCCAAGGAACCUAACUAAAACCAUAAGGACAGAAAAAAUAUCGACCUUUGUCAAAGCCAAACUCUAAACAAAAAAAUGCACAGUGUAUUUCAAGGUGUGUCGCUGCAUACAAUGUUGCUGGAAAUGUAAAAAAUUUCAUUUGGGGGCAAACUGAACUACAUUAAUCGACUCACUGUUGAACUACGGUAGUCCAACCUCAUACGUUCCAGUUAAACAAAAAUCAGGGCUGAUGUUUGCGAUAUGUUAAUAUUUGUUUUGUUUGUGAAUAACCAUUUUGAGCAUUUUGCUGUGCUGCAUUCAAUGCUACUGGGGAAUCAGCAUGAAUUGAAUGUGAGCAUUUUUUUAGGGUUUGACCAACAGUCUUUUUUUUAAACCGAUCACCAAUUAAUCGAGUGAUUAUUUUUUAAAAUAGAUAUGUAAUAAAUAUAAACUUCUCUUUUGGUCCCUUAACACUCACAUCAAUAAAGAUAUGGUUUAAAAACAGAAAAUGUGACUGUCAUACGUUACUUUGUGCUUUCGUAUUCAACAGCAUAUACUUUUUUUUUUUGGAGAGGUGAGGCAUUUUGAUGUCAUUAUCUAUGUCUUAUGUUAUCAUGCUACAUGAGUAAAAAAGAACAAUCGGCAAAAAUGGGACAAUUUCCCCCCGCCCCCAAUUUUAAAAGAGUGAUCGUCUGAUUAAUUCGGCCAGCAGAGUGCAUAUUUUUUAUUCAACAUUUUACUGAAUAAAUUAUUGCAAAAAAAAAGACUCAUUCUCAUGCGAAACAAUUUGUGUUAAAUGCCAGCAUCAUUAAUAAUUAAGCUUAAAUAUAUUCGACUUUUACAACGUCUGUUGUAAAAGUUUGCUAGUUUCCUUGAAUGCAGCAUUAGUUAGUGCCUGGUUCAUCCAGGAAGGAUGUCAUUGACACAUCAGGAGAGUUGGGGCUGUGCCAUUUUGAUUUUUGAGGUGGACUGUACCAUAUGACACCAAAGAACCUGAAAUUGUGCAAACAAACUUGAUGUGAUAACCACUUUUCAUUGCCCAGGAUCAGAAAUGUCCAUGAUUCCAGUUUUCCUGAAAGCAGCAUUUGUUUGUUAGUUCUGCGUUAUUUCCUGGUCUUUCAUUGGUUCGGAUUAGACAGUGCAGGUGUACUUAAUGAAGUGGUUGAAUAAAAUGUAUUUAUCAUAACUCCUAAGUGUGAUGUAUUAUAGCCAUUUACUGUGCACGCCGCUUCCUUAGCUCACCCGUUGUGUAUAUCGCCACUCUCCUUCGCAUCAUUAAGCAUAUAUUUUGCCACGAAAACACUUUUGCGGCUCGAUGCGCACCUUGUUUUUUUUUUUUUUGGGGGGGGGGGGGGUGUUGGCUCAUUGCUCACAUGACUGUAAUAAAGCGUACACAGAGACCCAAAAUUACUACUACUACUACUGUGCACAGUGCCACCGCCUGGCCUCAUGUCGGCUACACAGCAAUAAAGUUACUUGACUGUG